GGAAAGCUUUGUGUAGCCGAUUUACAAGCAGACACUGUUUAUAAUACGGCAUACCGGUGAGUCGGUCAGAUCGUGUAGAGAAGACUUCUAGCACCAUCUCCAGAAUGGCUUGUGCACAGAGCAGUCGAUGUAACGGAACCGAAAGACAAAAGCUAAUCCAUUCAAUAUACAUCUAUAUGCUGUUUCUUGUCAUCGGAUGGAUUCGAGGUCUGUUCGGGCCCUCCUUUAUCGACCUUCUCUUAAUUAGUGACGUCACUUUGAAAAUUGGUUCGUGGAUACCUACCCUGGCUUUCAUUGGCUAUGCCAUUGGAUGUGUAGCUGGAGGACUUUUAUAUGACAAAAUCAGCCGGAAUCUUAUGUAUGCCACUGGCGUUCUCCUAGUAGGGAUUCUGACAGCAGGAAUCCCUUGGUGUUUCAUCUUUGCGCUGAUGGCUGCGGCUCAUUUUUUUCAAGGAUUAGCUUUAGGUGUGGCGGACACAGUGGGGAAUGCCGAGAUGAUCAGCCUUUGGAGGGAAAACAAGAUGAUGUUCUUUAUAAUAGAGUUUUGUUACUCUCUUGGUGUGUUCGUAGCCCCGUUAGUUGUCGCCCCUUUCCUAUCAGAUGUCGCCACUUCUGAAUAUCGCGGUAAUGACACAACAUCUCACAAUGUCACAUUUAAAUCAAAUUUACAGACUUUAUCGCCAAUGACUACGAUUCCAACCAACAUUCAAUUGGUCGUUGGUCGAGGUUCAGAUGAUAAUUCAACGUAUGGUAACCUUACUCAGUACACCGAAAGUCAUGCCACGGUUUCUCGAUUGUUUGUUCCGUUUUCGAUAAGCGCGGCAUUAGCAGUAUUGGUUUCGCUGCCAUUUUUCAUCAAGUAUUUCAUGGGAAAUGUUCAGAACAGCGAUGACAAUUCAACGCAAAUCGAUGGUGAAAGCAACGAAAUGAAAAAAGUGGAAGAAACACGACCAAGGGUUUUGCCUACUAAGCUGAAAGUACUUUGUCUUUUACUAAUAAGCAGCAUGAUGUUUCUGGGCUUAUCACUUUGCGAGAGUUCAGUAUCUUUUAUAGCAGUGUAUUGUGUUGAUGAAAUUGGAUUUUCCCCGGCUGACGGGGCACUGGUUAACGCUGUGUCUAGUGCCUGUGGUAUUGGCGCCAUAGCCGUGGCCAUGUUUGCCUCCCGUUUAAACACGUUAGUUUUCCUUGGGAUCCAUACUGUCGGUUCAAUAGUGGGUUUGCUAGGUCUGCUGUUGAGCUCCUUGGGACAAAUAAACAUAGGAAUAUGGAUAUCUUCGGCAGUUGUGGGCUAUUUUAGAUCAAUGAUAUUUUCGUUGAUAUUCACAUGGACAAAUACUUACAUCACACCUACAACGGGGAAAAUUUCCUCUUUAUUUAUGAUGUGUAGCUGUUCUGGAGCUGCUGUGGGCCCUCUUCUUCUUGGCUGGUUAAUGGAGGAGUAUAGCAAUUUAUGGUUCUGCUAUCUUCUCCUAGUAUUUGGUGUUGUACUACUGUUACUGUACAUAAUAGGGAUGGUUCUUACAAAGUACGUUACCACGGUGUAUGGUAAAACGUUUGAGAAGACUGUAGAAGAAGAUAUCUCCCUGAGAGAGAGGCUUAACAAGGAAGAAAAUGGUGUGGAUGGGAAGUGAAUAUGUGCGUGGAAUACCAGCGGGUCAAUGAAGUGAAUAUGUGUGUGAAAUACUAGCGUGGUUAUAAAGUGAAUAUGUGUGUGGAAUACUAGCGUGGUUAUGAAGUGAAUAUGUGUGUGGAAUACUAGCAGGGUUAUAAAGUAAAUAUGUGUGUGGAAUACUAGCAGGGUUAUAAAGUGAAUAUGUGUGUGGAAUACUAGCAGGGUUAUAAAGUGAAUAUGUGUGUGGAAUACUAGCGUGGUUAUGAAGUGAAUACAUGUGUGGAAUACUAGCGUGGUUAUAAAGUGAAUAUGUGUGUGGAAUACUAGCGUGGUUAUAAAGUGAAUAUGUGUGUGGAAUACUAGCGUGGUUAUGAAGUGAAUACAUGUGUGGAAUACUAGCGUGGUUAUAAAGUGAAUAUGUGUGUGGAAUACUAGCGUGGUUAUAAAGUGAAUAUGUGUGUGGAAUACUAGCGUGGUUAUAAAGUGAAUAUGUGUGUGGAAUACUAGCGUGGUUAUAAAGUGAAUAUGUGUGUGGAAUACUAGCGUGGUUAUAAAGUGAAUAUGUGUGUGGAAUACUAGCGUGGUUAUGAAGUGAAUACAUGUGUGGAAUACUAGCGUGCACGUGGUUAUAAAGUGAAUAUGUGUGUGGAAUACUAGCAGGGUUGUGAAGUGAGUAUGUGUGUGGAAUAUAUACUAGCGGGGCUAUGAGUGAAUGUGUGUAGAAUACUAGCGUGGAUGUGAAGUGAAUAUGUGUGGCAUACUAAACGCAACCAACGGCGAAGUUUUAAGUAAAGACUAUUUUCUUAUUAUAGCAUAGUUCGGUUGGUCGAUGGAAGAGUGUAUCACGCCUUUUUUGCUUGACAUAUAAACGUUUUUUGAACGGCAUGCCAUAUUUUCUUAAAAAAAUAUUUACAUAUAAUGUUUACCUUCUGGAUAUCGGGACCAACAUUUUACUUCAGGAUAUCCGAUUUUUUUUUUUUCAAGUCAUCGAUGUUCAAUUUAAGCUAUGGAUUAACUACUUAGGUAAAAAUGGCCAUGACCGGGACCUCAUUCGAGAUGUGUUUGUAAACAUAUAUGUGUGUUUGUGUUUCGGGUUACAGGCACAUGAAUGCCCAAUGCACUUCAGAACAGUAGCAUGGACCGUCAAAUGUACCUCUCUCUUGUAUUGUUUGUUUAUAUUCAUCCGACGUUCGUAUUCAUAAUUGUUUCGGUUCAUAUUCCCAUGGACCGAAACAGGGCUUACAAGGUCGAUAUAAUGACCCAUGCAAAUAUAUGAUUUUAUUACA